CACAGUGCUCCAUCGUCGCGAAAAACGGUUUGCAAGUUGAACGUCACAGCAGCACUCUCUAUAUAUAACAAGUGCUUCAUACACAUAGGAGUCGUACGCUUGAUUUUUUCUUUCGUUGACAGCCGCUUGCGGCAAGUAUCGUGAAAAUGACGUCGUCACGUAAAGAAAAUGAAGUGACCCUCAGUUCCCCCGAAGAUGCCAUUCCACCUGUAGUGGCUUCAGGCUCCCCGCCUGGGCGGAACGCAACGCAGCAUCAGCCCAACGAUGGAGAUGCCGCAUCGUUUACUUUGAGUAGUUCUCCCUCGCCGUCCCCGGCAGCAUCAAGCCCACAAGAGCAACCGCAGCCGCCAGUAGACAUGCUCCCAUCAAGAUUACCCCUCCUGACAUCCGAUCUCGUGAACGAGAACCAAAAUUUGCGGGAAUCGCCACCUCCCGGCGGCGCGUUGUCCACAGUGCCGACGCCCGACUCUGUGCGGCGAUCGUUUGCCGCUCAGCAGCACGCGCUGGUGGGAGCUGCUGUCGCACAAGCCUCAACACCUAUUACGGAGCUGCAAAAACGACACGCGUCGGUACAUCAGUUAAUGUAACACUUAAAACACUUAGACAUUGCGCAUGAUUAGAUUUUCGUCUUUCUUUGAAGAAUGCGUUUCAUUAAUCCAGAAGAACUUCCACACCCCUAUAGCUGUGAUUUUACAACCCGCAUGAGAAACUGCAAAAUGCAAACAAAACCAGACGAGAAUAUUCUACGAGACCAAGUACAAGGAAUUCGACGAGCAAAUACGGGACCUGGAGCGUCAAAAGCUGCAAUUGGAAGACCAGAGAAGAGCGGCAGAGAUAGAAGUUACCAAAGCGAAAAGAUGCCUCUACUUUGUCUUGCGUUCCAUGCAUAGCCUAACAACCGAGCCUCCUGGACACGACUUCAUGAUCUUGUGCGAGGCAGAUUUUGUCGUGCAGAUUUCUGUGAUGCCAUGAAACUUGUCGUGCCGAUAUCUGCAAUCCGAAUUCCGAUCACUUUUAUAAAAACAUUUCCUUCGUAAGGUAAAGAUACUGAUAUUACUCUUUUCCGCACAAUAAACGAGAAGAAGGUACUCGCAGGCAUCGAGGCCGAAAUUCAAGAACAAGAACGGAAGUACCGACAGCAGUCGCGUGACAAGCAGCAGGACUUUAUCGAGAUGAACAAUCCCCCCUACCUUUACUCCACCAGAGAUUGGUUUGUGUACCUACGCAUGAUUUGCGUACACAAAAAAUAUUGUAGCGCUGCAUCUGAGCCAUGUAGUAUCUCAAGUUGCUUUACGGAGGUGCGAACUAGCUGCUCGACAUCACAAACACCUUUUCUGCUGCUUAGACAAUCACUACAGAAACCGCUUUAGAAAAUGCCGCACAGUGCUGUCUCUUGAUUGAUUCCAUCCUCCAUGCAAUACAAAUUGUGUACGCAAAUCAGCAACGCAAAUUUCCCUUUCGAGAGUAUGGGGAGGGGGAGUUUCUUCUUACGAUAAACCUGGGACAAAAGCAAUCCGACCUCCAGAUAGAGCAGAGUCGAACUACCUUUCGCCUGGCGACGACAGAACUGGUGGCCAACGUUGCCAACGAACGGGCCCUCAAGAACGAACACAACCGCCAGGAGUUCGAGCAGCGCAUCACCAGCAGGCAGACUGCGCUGGAGAAACGCACGGAAGACGGGUUCACGGAGGUGGACCACCAGAUCAGAGAGCUCAAGGAGGGUACUUAUCUGAGUGAAAAUGGUGCCAGCACAGAUAUCGGACGACGCACACGAUAUGAGGUCACGACUCUUUUUUGCAUAUAUGUAUCUUCACCAGUGGCAAAAAAAGCAUAUAUUCUCCUGGCUGCAUAGAUUAACAACACUCUAGCUCCUGCUGUCCUGAACCUGAAGUAAGUGCUAGUACAAAACCCCCAGAACGACCUCGAAAACAAGAACGUUCUGUCGUGUCUGCUGGCAAACUGUUUUUGACUCCAUAAGCUAGCAAGAGAAGCUACGCGAGCAACUGAAGGUCGACGGGGAGCAGUUCUUCACGGAGCUGGGAAAGUGCGGAGACGAGAUCAAGAACGUACUUGGGAGAAUCCAAACCGAUGCUGA